GCGCUGCGGCCGGAAGCUCCGCCUACUAUCGCGAGAGCGCAACCACGGAGUCUCGCGAAGGCCGUCUCGGGAGUCCCUACGGAAACUGAGGAGCGCGGGUCUCUGCCGUGGGAACUGACUGGGUGUUUACGUUGCAGGCGUCUUGCCGCAGGAAUUAUAUAUUGAAGACAAUGUCUGGAAGCUUCUACUUUGUCAUUGUUGGUCACCACGAUAAUCCAGUUUUUGAAAUGGAGUUUUUGCCAGCUGGAAAAGCAGAGUCCAAAGAUGAUCACCGCCAUCUGAACCAGUUCAUAGCUCAUGCUGCUCUCGACCUCGUAGAUGAGAACAUGUGGCUGUCCAACAACAUGUACUUGAAGACGGUGGACAAGUUCAAUGAGUGGUUUGUUUCAGCAUUCGUCACUGCGGGUCAUAUGAGGUUUAUUAUGCUGCAUGACGUCAGGCAAGAAGACGGAAUAAAGAACUUCUUUACUGAUGUCUACGAUUUAUACAUAAAGUUUGCAAUGAAUCCAUUUUAUGAACCCAAUUCUCCUAUUCGAUCAAGCGCGUUUGACAGAAAAGUUCAGUUUCUUGGGAAGAAACACCUUUUAAGCUGAAUGCAAAAACUUCAGAAGAAAACAAUGUCACUACAAUGGGGUAUACUCAGGAAUGUGUACAUUGUAAGUAACGAUUAAAUAGCAUGGGAAAGUUUUACUUGUAGUCUCAAUUUAUCUAAACGUAAUGAAAUUGCUUUCAUAUUUAAAAAUAGUACAUUCAGUUUCUUACGAUUAUCAACAGAUUGAUAUUUGCUUGUGAACAGUGUUAUUUAUAACGAGCUCUUUAAUUGGUAAUCUUGAAAUCUUUUUAUUUUAAAAACUGAGAAUAAGCUUUUGACUUUCCAUUCAGAUAGCUUGAUCUUUAUGUAAGAAUCCAGAACCAAAUGUCAUUGUCAAGAUUUGGUAGGCAAAUUUAAAACUGAAAGCUUCUGCAGUAGAGAAUGGGCUCAUCUAUACAUCUAGAGAUGUUAUAAAAAUGUAUAGGCAGUAUACACAGCACCGCCCAAGAAACCGGAGCAGACAGCUUUGCAGUGCCAAAUGCCACAGGCCUGCCCCUGUCAGAGACCAGGAACAGUGAGCCUGCUGUAAUUCUAGAAUCCUGGAUCCCUGUUUGUAAAGUGGGAAGCUUGGACCAAAGUGACACGUAUGUUCUUAUGUUCCCUUUCCCUCAGAUAGUAAACUAAAGAUUAAGUGAGCCUGUUGAUAGCUGUACUAGUAAAAAGUUGUAAGGCAGUUUUAGAAUUGUAAACAAAGAAAAGCUUGCAUCACAUCGACACUUGCACUCUUGGCUGUUUAGGCUGUAUACCGGAGAGCGCAGGAGUGGCCUCUUUUAUACUCUAAUAGCGUAGAAUCUUACAGUAAAUCAGUAAAUGCCCACUGAAAAGCAAGUAAUAUAACCAGGUAUUUUCUGUGCUAAUUGUGAGCACUUGAAGAAUUUUGUUCCAUUCUGAAUAACCUGAGCAAGUAAUUCUAAGUUUGGUCUUGUAUCUUUGUGUGAAGUUGCUACCAUAAUUUUUUACCCUAUUUAUUUGAUUUCCUAAAUAAAGAUGUUUGU